AUGGGGUCCGCAGACUCAGAUCACCCCCUUACCAACCGGGUCGAGCCCAAGCAGGUGCUCUUCUUUGACAUUGACAAUUGCCUUUACCCCAAGAGCGCUCGCGUCCAUGACUUAAUGAAAGAUUUAAUUGACCGUUACUUCCACGAGCACCUCUCCCUCCCCUGGGAAGAAGCAGUCCGCCUACACCGCGAGUACUACCAAUCCUACGGGCUCGCCAUUGAAGGCCUUGUCCGACACCACCAGAUCGACCCGCUGGAAUAUAACGCCAAGGUAGACGACGCACUUCCGCUCGACGGGGUGAUCAAACCACGGGACGAGCUCAAAAAGCUGCUUAGGGAUAUCGACAGGAGCAAAGUGAAGUUGUGGCUGCUGACGAAUGCCCAGGUACCGUUAGUGUGUAAGCCGCAGAGGGGAAUGUAUGAGAAGGCGAUGCGGGAAGCGGGCGUGGAGAGGUUUGAGGAUUGUUACUUUGUCGAUGACUCCUAUCUCAACUGCCAAAAAGCAGAGGAGAUUGGGUGGAACGUUGCCCAUCUAGUGGAAGACGGGGUCAAGGUGCCGGAUACACCGGCCUGUAAGUACCAGAUCCGGCAUCUGGAUGACCUGCGGACGGUGUUUCCGCAGUUCUUUAAGCCUGAGAGUAUUGCGGCAAACUGA